AUGUCCCAAUUGCCCAGUGUCCCCCAGUGCCCRGUCCCUGUGUCCCCRCUGCCGGCCGCGGCGCUGCCGGCCUUUCCCGCCGCCGAGGAGGCCGCCGCCGAGCCGGACACCCAGGCGCUGGUGCGGGCGCAGAACAAGAAGAAGAAAUCCGGGGGCUUCCAGUCGAUGGGCCUGAGCUACCCCGUCUUCAAAGGGAUCAUGAAGAAGGGCUACAAGGUGCCCACGCCCAUCCAGAGGAAGACCAUCCCGGUGAUCCUGGGCGGCAAGGACGUGGUGGCGAUGGCGCGCACGGGCAGCGGCAAGACGGCCUGUUUCCUCAUCCCCAUGUUCGAGAAGCUCAAGGCGCCCAGCGCGCAGGCGGGCGCGCGGGCCCUCGUCCUCUCGCCCACGCGCGAGCUGGCCCUGCAGACCUUGAAGUUCACCAAGGAGCUGGGCAAAUUCACAGGCUUGAAGACGGCCCUUGUGCUGGGAGGAGACAAGAUGGAGGACCAGUUUGCUGCGCUGCACGAGAACCCYGACAUAAUCAUCGCCACCCCGGGGCGCCUGAUGCACGUGGCGGUGGAAAUGAACCUGAAGCUGCAGAGCGUGGAGUACGUGGUGUUCGACGAGGCCGACAGGCUCUUCGAGAUGGGCUUUGCGGAGCAACUCCAGGAGAUCAUCGCUCGGCUCCCAGAGAGCCACCAGACUGUCCUCUUCUCGGCCACGCUGCCCAAGCUGCUCGUGGAGUUUGCUCGGGCUGGACUCACGGAGCCCAUGCUGAUCCGCCUGGAUGUGGAGUCCAAGCUCAGCGAGCAGCUCAAGCUGGCUUUCUUCCACGUGCGCGAGGACGACAAACCAGCCGUGCUGCUCCACCUGCUCAGAAACGUGGUGAAGCCCCAAGACCAGACAGUCGUCUUUGUGGCCACCAAGCACCACACAGAGUAUCUCAAAGAGUUGCUGACUGCGCAGGGUAUCCASUGCACACACAUCUACAGCUCCCUGGAUCAAACCGCCCGCAAGAUCAACAUCGCCAAGUUCUCCCACGGCAAGUGCCCGGUGCUGCUGGUUACGGACGUGGCCGCCCGCGGGCUGGACAUCCCCAUGCUGGACAACGUCAUCAACUACAGCUUUCCCGCCAAGGGCAAGCUCUUCCUGCAUCGUGUUGGUCGCGUGGCCCGAGCUGGCCGGAGCGGCACUGCCUACUCCCUGGUGGCUCCCGAUGAGAUGCCCUACGUCUUCGACCUCCACCUCUUCCUGGGGCGCCCGCUCGUCCUCGCCGGUGCCCAGGAGAUGCCCGCUGAUGCCGACGGGGUGCUGGGCCGCGUGCCGCAGAGCCUGGUGGACGACGAGGAGUGUCUGCUGCUCACGGACCACGCGGGCUCGCUGGAGCUGCAGAGCCUGCGGCGCGUCGCCGCCAACGCUCACAAGCAGUACGUGCGCUCCCGGCCCGGGCCCGCGCACGAGUCCAUCAAGAGGGCCAAGGACCUGGACGUGUCCCAGCUGGGCAUCCACCCGCUCUUCAGCGCUCGCUUCGAGGACACCGAACUGGAGAGGCUGAAGUUGGUGGAUAGCAUCAAAACCUACAAGUCGAAGGCGACCAUCUUCGAGAUCAACGCUACAGCGCGGACGUUGGCCAGCACCGUGAUGCGCUCGAAGCGGCUCCGGGACCGCGUCCUCAUUGAGAAGUACCAGCGUGGGCAGCAGGAGAAGCGAGCGGCCGCUCUCAAGGGGCCRGGGCUGCUUCCAGUGCCCCCAGGGGCUGAGGAGAAGGAGGGAGAGGAGGAAAACCUCCAGGACGUGUUCUCCACCGUGGUGGGCAGAAAGCGGAAACGGGGCCGGGAGGGAGAAAACGGCCCUAGGAAGAAGCCGCAGCAGCCGACACACCGGGACGAGGACUUCUACAUCCCGUACCGGCCCAAGGACUUCGAGAGCGAGCGAGGGCUGAGCGUGGGCGGCGAGGGCAGCCCCUUCGAGCAGCAGGCAGCCGGAGCCGUCCUGGACCUCAUGGGCGACGAAAACCACAACCUCAACAAGAGCAAGCAGCUGCUGAAGUGGGACCGCAAGAAGAAGCGAUUUGUGGGGCAAACAGGCCAGGAGGACAAGAAGAAGGUGCGAACGGAAAGCGGGCGCUACAUCAGCAGCUCCUACAAGAACAACCUCUAUGAAAAGUGGAAACAGAAAUACAAGGUUGAUGAGCGGGAUGAGGAAGAGGAAGAAGGAAGAAGAGGGGAGCAGGUCCGAGGAAAGCACAGGCGAGGGCACGGGCCGCGGGCUGCCCCGGGCCAGCGCAAGGUGCGCUCGGAGCUGAAGAACAAGCAGCAGAUCUUGAAGCAGCGCAAGGCGGCGGCCAAGCAGCGUUUCCUGCAGCGCGGCGGCCUCAAGCGCCUCAAGGCCAGGAACCGGCAGCGGGUGCAGGAGCUGCGGCAAAUGGCGUUCGGGCGCCGCGCCGGCGCCGCCAAGAAGGGCAAGCUCCGGAAAAGGGUGUAGGAGACGGGGCCUUGCCCAGCACUGCGGUGCCAAGGCAGAGGCUUCCCUCGCUUUGGACUUGAUGUCAGGAAAGGGGACAUUAAAGAUGAGGYGGGUUUUGAUGUUGCCUCCUCUUUGGCCUGCUUUGGUCCCAAGCACCUUGCUGAGGAGU